AUAAAACGAACAGAAGAAAAAAAGAUGGCUGCCGGUAGGCUGCCAUGAAGAGGCUGCGUCGCUCGUGCUCGUGAAAAUGGGACGUUGGCGACAACCAAGUGUCACCGUCGUGCUCGUCAAGUGUCACAAAGUGUUCACCAAGUGACGUGAAGUGUUUUUGUUCCAUUCGUAUUACGGAUUAAUUCUCUACGAUGGCAUCCGACGGUAGAAUGGAAUGGGUGGAAAUUAUAGAACCACGUACCAAGGAGCACAUGUAUGCUAAUCUUACGACUGGAGAAUGCGUGUGGGAUCCUCCACCUGGUGUACCAGUGAAGAAAACAGAUAACAAUCAAUGGUGGGAAUUAUUCGAUCAAAAUACUUCACGGUUUUACUAUUAUAACGCGACAUCCCAAAAAACUGUAUGGCACCGUCCAAGCGAUUGUGACAUCAUACCUUUAGCAAAGCUUCAGACACUGAAACAAAACACAGAGCCAGCAAGUAGUAGUGGAGUAGAUACACAAAAGUCAGCCGAGCCAAGAAAAAAAGAAUCUGUAUCAACACAGACACAAACUCCUUCUGUUAGUCGGUUAACAAGAUUUAAUCAUCAAGAAAGUUCCAAUUUAUCUUCUUCGUUGCAAAGUGGUAGUGUAAAUAAAACAAGAACAUCCAGUGGUGGUGUGGAUCUCCAGACAUCUCCUCCAUCACCAUCUCCAUCUUCAAGACGACAUCACCAUCAUCACCAUCAUCAUAAUAACAGGCAUCAUAGGCAUCAUGAAGUGCCUACAGCACGACGUCAGCACAAUCAUUCCCAGGAUUCAGGACGUUCUAGUGACAGUUCUGUUUCUCAUAGCCGAACGUCCUUGGAAUCAACUGGAUAUCGGUUAUUAGACUCUCCCCACCGACAUCAUCAUCGACCUGCUGCCCAGGUACCGAGUCAAGCACAGUCUUCGCCCAGACAACACAGUGGUACCUUAGAAGCUAGGGGGCACAAAAGUGGAACUUUGGAAAGUGUGAAAAAUCAGAAAUCGGUACCGUUGGGCGAACCACCACCUUUAGGUUUGUCGCUCUCGACUAGUACCCCUCUUUUUAAGAAGAAAACGUUUAUUGACACGCAACGUGAAAGUAGGACAGGAAACUUAGAGUUGGAAAAGAAUAAAAAUGGUAGAGAAAGCAGUAGAGGUUCUUAUGGUCCUGAACCUAGCACUUCGCCAUAUCGUGAUUCGUUGAUGGAAUCUAGAAUAUUUAGACAAGAAAUGCCUCCGUACCGUCCGCCAGAAGUUCAGUUGAGUCAUAGUUAUAAAUCACAGGGUGAAAAGUAUGGCUCGUUGGUGGAAAGUAGUAAUCGUUAUCAUAGAGAUAGAGAAAGGGAGAUUCAUCAUAGGGAAAGAGUAAAUAGUUUGGACAAAACAAACACUUCAGCCUUUUAUCCAAGUUCCAUGCAUCCACGUAAUAUGAAUAAGCAGGAUAAUACUGGUAGUAUAGGAAGGAGGCAUCAUGGAUGCUCAGUAUCACUUUCAGAAGCAAAUGUUAGAGAUAUGUACGGUGCAAUGUUGGCCGAAAGAAACGAACCGUCUAAAAGCCUUGCAAGAGGAAGGGGAGUCCUAAGUAAUGCAUCGAAGCAAAGAAGUAUUGAUGUUGUAGAACGUGAAAGAGAACGUGAACGUGAACGUGAACGCGAGCGAGAACGUGAACGUGAACGCGAACGUGAACGCGAACGAGAACGAGAACGUGAACGUGAACGCGAACGCGAACGAGAACGUGAACGAGAACGCGAACGAGAACGUGAUAGAGAGAAAGAAUACAGGAGAAAUACUGCGUGCAAUAAUUCGUUGGAUUGUGUGUCACAGCCACUGGCUCGCAGUUACAGUUUCGUUCAGCAACAAAAGCAACAGCAGAAGUUACAGCAACUUCAUCAACAACAGCAGCAAUCAAGAAGAAGGGACAGGGAUGAUGAUUCCAUGCACGAACGUUAUCUGAUAAGUCAAAGUCAUGAGCAACCUAGACAAAGGCUUAGCAGUAAUACUAGCAGUAGCAAUGGCAGUAACAGUAGUAGUAAUAGCGCCGUAGGCGAGGAAACGGAAGGACUUACGGAAGGGGAUGACAGUAAAAAGAAGAGAAGUAAUGGUAAUCCGAGUCCGCCUCCGUCUCCGUUUUAUGGAAAUCUGUUAUCUGACCCUGAUCACUUGUUGCCACUUCAGCAUUAUAUUAUUCAACAAGCAAAACUCUCAGGUUGUUACAAGUUCGGAGACCCUUUGUUAGUAGAGGAAGGUGACGAUUCCUUAGACGAAGAAGGUGGUAGGGGCGAAGGAAUUGGUGGUAGGGCCGACGAUGAUUCGGACGAUCAGUUUGCAGACGAUGAAGCAGCGAGUAAUCAAGGUGACUCUUCUAGUCAAGAGUACCUUGAAGAUCAUUACGCAGAUUUAGGUAACUACGAUACCACAGGAUUAGCUACAUAUUACAACACCGCGGACACGCUGACAAGGCCGCAAGUACGACCGCCAUCGCCACCAAUUAUCGCUUCGCAAGCGGAAAUACGAGAGAGCGUGACAACUGCGAGACAACCGCCACUUCCAGCACCCACUACUAUAAGUUCUGUUCCUAGUGUUGGUACCGGCGUUGAUAACACCGACACUGACGAAGCAAGACGAGACGACAGCGCGGGUGGCGGUGAUAUAGAGAAAUACGCACAAGACAAUCUCAACUUGAAUUGCGGAAGGCCGAAAGGGCUGAGAUUGUUGUUCCGGAAGAAGUUCAGCGUCCGAGACAUUCUUAGCUGGUCUAAAGAUCCGAUACCGCAGCCGAUGCUAGUGGUAGUAGACGGUGAAAAGUUACUGAAACGGGAGGCCUGUAAUUUGUUUAGGUUGGUGCAAGUGUACAUGGGUGAUCGGAAAGCUAACGUAGGAAUGACUUUAGACAGUGUAGCUAUGGACAUUGUGAAUACUGCAUUUUCAAAGCCUCCAUUGCGGGAUGAAUUGUAUGUUCAGAUUUGUAGACAGACUACAGAGAAUCCAAGGAAAGAAAGUUUGCGUAGAGGCUGGGAAUUGAUGGCUGUAUGUUUGGCUUUCGUGCCGCCCAGUGCUACUUUCGAGCCUUACCUCGAAGGCUACAUGAACAGGCAUCGUGAUUCCAAUUUUCAAUUCUCCGAAGUGGCCAAAUGGCCGAUUCACGUACAAGUUAGUCAUUAUGCAACUGUAGCCUGUCGUCGUUUACAACGAAUUGGAGCUCAUGGCAAACGGCAACCUCGCAAGGCUACCAUAGAAGAUAUCGAUCAAGCAAGGAUACAAAUUUUCCGAGCAUCCAUGUUCGGAGCUACGCUUCCCGAAGUGAUGGCUCUGCAAAGAGACAGAUUUCCUAACCGAGAGUUACCAUGGAUACAAACUACGUUGACCCGUCAAGUGUUGGCGCGAGGUGGUAUCCUGACUGAGGGUAUUUUUAGGGUAUCCGCGGACGCGGAUGAAGUUAGUGCUUUAAAGUCGUACUUAGAUAGGUUCGAGGAUUGUACAAGUUUGGUAGCUUCACAAGACGCUCAUGCACCUGCUUCUUUAUUGAAAUUAUGGGUUCGAGAGCUUUAUGAACCGUUAAUACCUGAUUCCUUUUAUACGGAGUGCGUAUCGAUGAGGCACGACGACGUUGAAGCUUCUGCAGUUAAUGUUGCCGCGCUUGUAGAUCGACUGCCUGAUUUAAAUCGGCGAGUUCUGUGUCAUCUAAUACGUUUUCUUCAGAUAUUUGCUAGACCGGAAGUGGUCGCCCGUACUAAAAUGGACGCGAACAAUUUAGCAAUGGUGAUGGCACCAAAUAUAUUACGGUGUACCUCGCAAGAUCCCCGCGUGAUCUUGGAUAAUGCACGAAAAGAAAUGGCUUUCGUUCGUACUCUUAUCGAGUCAUUAGAAACCGCUUGGGUCGAUGAUCUUCACUGACCAUUCUAUUGCGCGCUAGAAGAAAGAACGCUCUAGACUACUAUGCCAAAUGAAUCAGCUGUAUAUUCACAUGUACAGUAAUUCUUCUCACAGUGCAGCUCUAGUUUCCUUCCCACAGUGAAAGACGUCUCUUCCUGCGCCUAUGUUAGUCUCGAACCGUUCAAAAAACAUUAUACUCAGCGCGGUUAUUUUGGUGCCAACAGAUCCAGUUUUUAAUAGCAAUAUAAUUUUUUUUACUGUAAACUUUUUUAUGUUUGUCAGGUUUUUCCCAUUAAAAUGAAUCACAAUAUAAUUUGGGUUGCUCCAAAUUGACUUGGGAACCGUGAGACACAGAUUCAAUUUUUAUAUUGCUUCAUAAACACUGUAACAUUGGCAGCAUUUAAAUGUCUCUCUUCCUUUUUUUACUUAAUGCCGCCGCAGGCAAAGAAGAGGCGCCAGUUUUCGUUCAUGUCCGCGUUGCACUGUGAGAAGAAUUACUGUAUUGUUAGUUAUUUCACUGUUCUCUAUUAUCUUUCACCUUUCUUUUAUAUAUAUAUAUUUUAUUAUUAUCACGAAGUUCCCCAUAGACCAGUGAAUGUUCGUAACGGUAACUUUAGUGCUGAAGUCUUUAACAAAGCUAAUCAACCAGUCUCACUCCUCGUUUUCUAUUUAUUAUUUAUACGCAGAUUAUAUGUUAUGAAGAUAGAGAUUAUUAGAUUAUAUUAUGUACAUCGCUAUAUAUUCAUAUUAUAUAUUUUACCAACCCUUGUUACCGCGUUGACUAAACGCGGACGGCUUUUUUACUCGGUCAUUGUUGAAUCUCGUGUAAGAUAAAAAAAAGGAUCAUGUGUUACCGUGUAUAGCUGCACUCCGCGAUCAUCUUUUUGUAUAAGCGACGAAUUGACGUGUAUAAGGUUUAUCGAGGAGUAAACAUUGCAAAAGAUUAGCAAGCUGUACAAGUGUGUUUCUUUUCCUGCAGCCUUUGAAAACAUACCUUCGAGAUAAAUGUUAGAGAUUACAUAUUUUCGAAAGUGGUAUAAAUCAGUGAUGGUAGACUAUGCCCUUGCUGGUACAAUUGUCCAUCACUGAUUCGAGCAAUUGUUAAUCACACAACACGUUUGUCUUUGUAUGGCAUAACAAGUUUAUAUUUUACAUGGAGAUAUUUAUAAAAACUUGUUUCUAAUGUUAGAAACAUUAACGGUACACAGUACGAGAUAUGUUCGUAACAUUUAUAGUUGCCCACUUAUCCUCGGUUUGUACAAUUACUAAUAAUCGAAAGUUACCAGUAAAGUAUGUGUUAAACGUAAUUAUUUAAAUUAUAAAGAAGAGAAAAAAAAAA